CCAUGUUUCCAGGUCCGUGUCUCCCACUACGACAUCUCAGAUACAAGCCAGGAAGAAGAGGAGGGGGAUCAUCGAGAAGCGUCGCCGUGACCGUAUCAACAGCAGCCUCUCCGAGCUGCGGCGCCUGGUGCCCACCGCCUUCGAGAAGCAGGGGUCUUCCAAGCUGGAGAAGGCAGAAAUUCUACAAAUGACAGUAGAUCACUUAAAAAUGCUUCACGCCACUGGAGGAACAGGCUUCUUAGAUGCUCGAGCUCUGGCCGUGGAUUACAGGAGUAUCGGCUUCCGCGAAUGUCUCACCGAAGUCGUCAGGUACUUGGGCAUCCUCGAGGGCCAAAACGCCACUGACCCCAUCCGGCUGCGACUCCUCUCCCACCUGAAUAAUUAUGUGGCUGAAAUGGAGCCUUCGCCAGUGGCCACUCCCCUCCUGCCCAUCCAGACGUGGCCGUGGUCCUUCCUCCACAGCACUGCUGGCCCCGUGCAGAUCCCCAGGAGGGAUCCGGUUGUUUUGACUGCAUCUUCCCUGGCUUACCCAAGCCCCGCUGUGAGGCCGGCCCCACUGCGCCGUGUCCCCAGCGACAUGCUGCCGUCCCGCCGAAGCUUCCUGGCCAGCAGGAUGGCCUCUUCCAGCCGCGAGGCCAGAGGCGCGGGCUCGUCCGCAGCCGUAGCAGCCGUGCCCAGGAUGCCGAGGAUGCCGUCGCCAGCGGCCGUGUUGAGAGAGGGCUCGUCCAAGAGCAGCCAGAUCGCGACGUUCCUCUUCUCUCCGGCCAGUGUCCCCGUUCCACCGGCUUACACAGCACCCCCUGCCUUGGGCGCUGCUGUGCAGGGACCUGGGAUCAGGGUUGGGACAUCCAGGAUCUGCCGUUCCUGGGCGACUGAAAUCGGGGCUUUCUGA